AUGUCUCUCUUAAACGGACAAAACGUCGUCGACAAUGCCAUUGCCGCUCGGGGACCGAGCCAGGCCUUGGACUCGGUGGUCAAUGAGCCUGCCGGCUACGACCCCGAGAAACAGACUUACGAAGUAACGGCCACGGCAGCCAGUUCCAUGGACAGUGAUGAUUUUCCUGAGCCGACACCAGAAGAGCAAAGCACCCUUCGUAAAGUCGCGGGUAACUUGCCGAUCGUAUCCUACUCGCUGUGUCUGGUUGAGUUCGCUGAACGAGCUUCCUACUUCGGCGGGAAUGGCGCCGGUGCACCACCACGUGGCACGCAGGAGACUGCUGGAGGGUUGGGAAUGGGCUUGCAGGCCAGUUCCGGAUUGGUGUUGCUGUUCGCCUUUUUGGCUUAUAUACUUCCAAUUCUGGGAGGAUGGUGGGCCGAUGUUCAUGUCGGUCGAUAUAAGGCCAUUUGUGUAGGUGUCCUGAUCUGCGGUAUCGCACAUUUGAUCCAGAUCUUUGGUGCCAUUCCAUCUGUUCUGCAAAAGGGCACGGCACAUUCAGCACCUCCAUUUAUCAUAAGUUUGCUCAUCCUGGCACUUGGUGCUGGUAUCUUCAAGCCAAACAUUGCACCGACCAUCCUGGACCAGCACCGGAGCAAGAAAGCCUACACUAAAGUGCUCAAAUCCGGGGAGAAAGUCAUCGUGGACCCCGAACUGACCAGUAACCGCACCAUGCUGAUCUUCUACGGGGUAGUCAACAUCGGUGCUUUUUACAUGCUGGCUACCACAUACGCAGAGAACGCGACCAAGUGUCUUGGCCACGGAGGGCAUCCAGUCGCAACGGAAGUGUUCUUUUACUUCCCGAUCUACAAUAUCAACGACGGCGGUAUUGGCUCGGUCGCAAGUAACCAAGGUGCCUCGAUGACGACGAACGGAGCUCCAAAUGACCUGUUGAACAACUUUAACGCCUUGACCAUCAUUGUCAUGACACCCGUGUUGAGCCACAUCUUCUACCCCCUACUGUUGCGCUACAACAUCAAGUUCGGGCGGAUCAACCGCAUCACCUUCGGUUUUGUCCUAGCUAUGAUCUCCGGAGUGAUCGGUGCCAUCGUCCAGUGGCGCGUGUACAAGACCUCGCCCUGCGGAUACUACGCCUCAUCCUGCGACGCGGGCGUCAGUCCAAUCCUGAUCUGGUGGCAACUUCCAAAUGUCAUUCUGGGUGCCCUGUCAGAGCUCUUCUGCAACGUCACGGCCUAUGAGCUGGCGUAUGCGCGCGCUCCCCCUUCCAUGCGCGGACUAGUCAUGGCCAUCUUCCUGUUCACCACUGCGCUGUCCAGCGCACUGGGUGAGGUGUUAAUCCCCGUCACGCAAGACCCUUAUUUAAUUUGGAUUUGGGGCGCGCCCGCAGUGGCGUUGGCUAUCCAGACCAUAUUAUUUUGGUUCCGCUUCCGAUCACUGAAUUAUGACGAAUUCAUGAUCGAGGAGAAGGAUUAUACAAAUAUCACGCUCACGACGGAGAGUAAACGGGAGGCCAAGGAGUUUACCCCUGGUUUGGACCGUAGUUCUGCCCAUAUCCAUGCUCGGCGGACGGUUGAUAUCCUGGUGGCGCCGGUGGUGGUUGAGGUGGAUAUUGCUGUUGCUGCCAUUGGCCUGGCGGAGGUUGCGUGCCGGGGAUCCAGCCGGUGCCAUAGAUGGGUCGUUGGCCGUGACGACGGCGUUUACGAGCCGAGAGACAUCUACCAGAGAUAA